ACAUACAAAACUCUUCUUAGUUCUUUUCUAAUAUUAUUUCUUAAACACUUUUCAUAAUGCACUGAUAUUUCAUUCCACAUGUGUAGCUGAAGAUAACUAUUCAAUUUUUUUAAACUUUAUAAUAAUACUUAAUCUGUAUCAAAUGUUUGAUUAUUUUAACAGGUAUCAAAUAUGCUGAAUCAAGCGUACUGAGAUGAUUAAACAAUGACAAUCAUUAUAAAUACUUCGACCCUCCAUUUUUCCAAGUUUGAUUUGGUUUUUAUGUAUGAAAUGAUCAGUUAUCCCAAAUGAACACAUGACACUGUAAGGGAACAUCUCAAAAUAUUUCCCAUGAUGCCUCAGUUGAAAAAUAAUUUUUUCGUCCUUGCACAUAUCCCUUUAAAUCAGGUCAGAUCUUUCUAAAGGCCAUUUCAACUUCAGUUUUAAGUUGUUUGCCCCAAAACAGUAUCUUCUUAUGCAUUAUCCAGUUCUAUGUGUGAAACUGCUUCAAGUAAUUUAUGAAACAACAGAAAUUUAUUGUAUUUAAAUACAGACUUUAAUUUUUGUUACAUAAAAAAAAGACAUCAGCCAUGGACCAAAACUUGUACCCUUUUCAUAAACUGAACCAAAAGCAGCAAGGAACUUUUAAUAAAGUUGGAGAACAACAUAAUAGUUGGAAGAAGAAAGAUGAGACUGCUCCAUCUAAACCUCAAGGUUUGAAGUCAACUGUUCUGAUUGAUCCUUUUUUUGAACCAAGAGUAUUACGUAAAAACAGUGUUAUUCAGAAGUUUAUUCCUCCAAAGGAUAUAGUGUCAAAAGUUUUAGUUCUUUUCACUGGUGGAACCAUAGGAAUGCUCCAAACUAGAAAUGGAGUUUAUGCACCACAACCAAAUUAUUUAGAGAGAAAUAUCCGAAAGUUUCCAGAAUUACAUGAUCAAGAAUAUAUCAAAAGAAAUUAUCCUGAAAAAGAUAAAGUUCCACUUGUUCUUCCGGAAACCAGAGACAAUAGGAGGGUUAUCUACACUAUAUACGAAUAUGAUCCACUUUUAGAUUCUGCAAACAUGACAAUGGAUGACUGGAGAGCUAUAGCUUUAGGCAUUAAGCAAUACUAUGAUACCUUUGAUGGAUUUGUGAUCCUUCAUGGCACUGAUACACUAGCUUACACAGCAUCUGCACUCUCCUUUAUGUUGGAAAAUCUAGGGAAAACUGUCAUUCUUACUGGAUCUCAGAUUCCACUAUAUGAGCCCCGAAGUGACGGACGUGAGAACUUCUUGAACUCUUUAAUAAUAGCAGGAAAUUACUGCAUUCCUGAGGUAUCCAUACUGUUUAGCAAUCAUUUGUACAGAGGAAACCGUACAAGUAAAGUCAAUUCAAAUAGUUUUAAAGCAUUUAAAUCUCCUAAUAUGAUGCCACUCGUGACAGUUGGAAUAAAUAUUAAUAUACAUUGGCAGAAUGUCUUCAAACCAAAGCAAAUUGACAAAUUUCAUGUUCAUGACACACUGAAUCCUCAUGUUGGUCUUUUACGACUUUUUCCAAGUAUUACAAUGGAAGUAGUUAGAGCUUUCUUGAUGCCUCCGAUAGAAGGUGUAGUGUUACAGACGUAUGGAGUAGGAAAUGGUCCUACUAAUCGAAAAGACUUGCUGGAUGAACUAAGACAAGCAACUCGGCGUGGAGUAAUUAUUGUUAACUGUACACAGUGCAAUAGUGGAUUGGUUGACCCAGCAUAUGAAACUGGAAGUGCCUUGUUAGAGGUAGGAGCUGUUCUUGGUUCUGAUAUGACUCCUGAAGCGGCUCUAACCAAGCUUAGCUAUGUUCUGAGCAAAUCAGAAUGGUCACUUCAAACAAAAAUAAAGAUGAUGGAGAGCAACUUGAGAGGUGAAUUAACUGUAGUAAAGCAUGCACGUUUAGAAGAUAAAGAUCUUAUCACAGGAGUUAUUAAUGCCAUGCAUCUUUCUUCUGCAGAGGAAAUUGAGGGUCUUCGUAGUGCUGUUUACCCUUCCAUUUUGUGUUCAGUCACAGCUAAAGGUGACCUGGAAAAACUGGAAAUAAUGAGACAAUUUGGAGCUUACUUGUCAGCAUGUGAUUAUGACUUCAGGACUCCUUUACAUGUUGCUGCUUCAGAAGGUAAUGUGGAAACCGUGAAGUACCUUCUACAGCAUGGUGCAAAUAUCCACAUGCGAGACAGAGAACACAAAUGUCCAAUGCAAACUGCUAUUGAGUUUGACCACCAUCCUGUUAUAGAACUAUUAAAGAAUGCCGGAAGCCAACUUUGUAUUCACCCUUUUGCAUUAGCAGAUACCCUAAUAAGUGCAGUUAAGAAGAACUCUGUACAGCGACUGAAAUCUUUGGCAUUAGCUGGUGCUAACCUUAAUGAACAUGAUGGUUGCAGAAGGACGGCUCUCCAUGUUGCAGUGGAAAUGGACCAUGAAGACUGUGUAAAGUAUCUUCUUGAAGCUGGCAUUCAGACAGAAUGUGCUGACAUCUAUGAACAUACACCACUAGACAUUGCUAAUAUAUUAAAAAGACAUAAAAUUAAAGAACUGUUAGAACAACAUUUAAAAGAUGGUUACAGAAAAAGAUAGUAUCAUGAUUUAAAUAUAGAUUUUUGGUAAAAUGUAGUACAAAAAACAUUGUUAAAUGGUGAUGUAGAUGCCCGAGUAUAAGUAAUUACCUUGGUUUUAUAUGAAGCUGAUCAUGAUACAAAUGUAGUAAUGGCAGUUAUAUUACAAAUUUAUCUUACAAUUUUUAUUUUGGUAACUGUAUUUGUAUCUUUAAUUCAGGUGUUUAACUCUUUUCAUAAAUUCUCAUACAGUUGAUAAAGUGGUAUGCACAAGAUAUUUAAGAAAAAAAUAUGCUUACAUAUCUCACCCUUAUUUUCCUCUUUAAUCACAGGACUCUCAUUAAAGAAGUGCAUUCAGUACCUAACUAAAAAUUUAAAAAAAACAUAAUUUGAAGCAUUUUUAAUAUUAGAAAAAAAUCUUUUGAUUUUACCCAAAUAUUCAGUUUAAUGAGAAAACAGAUUGUUCUCACAAAGUUCUUUGAUGACAAAACACUUGUCAUGUUAAUGCACUGUAAUUAUUUGUGUUACAAGAAAAAUGCCACACAUGUCAAUAGAUUGCCUUUAAAUGGUUACACACUCAGGGACUUUUGUGUGAAUUUAAAGUAGGUGAGAAAAAGUAAAUCAGUAUUGAAUUACACUGGGAAAAUGUUUGAUGUGACAUUACUUUUUGAUAAAACUUUGAAAAUAUCUUUAAUGCAAAGUAAAUUUGCCAUUAUCAUGCUCAAGUGUUUGUUUCAGAUAUUCACACAAGGGCUACUUACACUAGCUGUCCCUAACCUUGAACUGAUAACAAGAAGAGCUACUCUUAAUUGAACAGAUUAUUUGACUGCCACUAUUAUAAUGCACCCACAAACUAAAGUGUAGAGAAAAACGUUUAUUUUCAAAAACUUAAGCUCUCAUUCCUACAGUCUGGCAUGCUAACCAAUGGGCCCAAUAAUGUGAGCAUACAGAAUAAAAUUUCUGUUUUGUUUUUUUUAAAAACACCAAAUUUACUGUCAGUGUUAAAUAAACUUUCUCUUUAGUUGUGGUGAAAAAUAUAUUUCUAAUUUAAAAUAAAUACAUUAUUUUUAGUAAUUUCAAUUAAAUUUGACAUUUAAGGUAUGACAGGUUUCUUUUAUUGUAUGGUUUUGCAAAAAUAUAAAAUGCACAAUUUGACUUACUAAAAGGGGUUUUAUUAGUGUAAAUAUAAAUACAUAUUUUUAAAUAACUUUGUUAUAUCAUACAAUAAAACUGCAAUUUCUGUGAAUUUUAUUUGUUUAGUCUUCUAGAAAUGAUGCCGAUUAUUUUAGUACAUUGUUACUUCAAAAGCUUAAAGGAUUUAUAUGAGAUUUUAAACUAUGCGUUGGGAAAAACAUUAUGUAUUUUUUUAAACUAUCAACAGAAAUCUGGUAGCAGAGUUUGGCCUACAAUUGCUUUGAAUUCAGAAAAUAUCUGGUUGAUUUUCUGAGUAUGAAUUUAAAAAUGCGCACUUAAACAUAAUCUCGUCGUUUUAAGAAAAUGCAUUUGUUUAUAUGAAGCCUAUAAAAUCAUACGUGGUCUCCACAUAAAAAAUGACACUUUUUUUUUCUGUACGUAUCAUUUGGUUGUAGCACAAUUUCAUAUGCAGGAUGAAAAAUAAAACUUUAAAGUAUUUAGAAAUUGUAAA